GAAUCAACAGUAGAACUGCAACUCGAGGCUAUUUUGAAAUCGAGAUCCUUGGAUUCUUCUCCCUUGACAGUUCCGGAUAGAGUUGAAAUUGAAUCGUUGCAGAAAAGGAGAGAAUUGCAUUGAUAAUGUUGUGGCAUUGUUUGAAAACCGAGUUAAUUCGCUAGACAUUAAAACGUUUACAAAGCAGAGUAAAAAUGAAUCGAAAUGGGUGAGCUGAAAUCUAUGAUUAGAUUUACUGUUUACUACCAGCCAUUUCCGUCCGAAGUUUAUCAAGAAAAAUUCAACAAUAUUUUAGCUGGUCUGAAGUCUAACCUUACCAACUCGUCCGGAAGUUGGUUGGAAGAUAAAUUGGCUUCAUAAUCGGUGGUAUGAAAAGUUCCUUCGUUUCAAAGUGAUGUGUUUAAAUUUUGAAAUUGUUUUGGAAAGUAUUCAUUGACUUAUAAUUCAAGAUGCCUGUACCGGAAGAAGUGAUGGUGCAGCAUAUAGUGAAGGUGUACCCUGGUGAUGUUGUUCCGGGCGUUCAUUGCACCAGCAUAUGGACCCAAGAGCAAGCCACAACAGCUGAUGUCAUUGAGAGGGUAUUAGAGAAGCUUACAAUUUUAGGGGAACCAGACACGUUUGAUUUAGUAGAAAUCUAUAAUGAAGCUGGUAGUUUUCCAGAUAGUAAAGAGUCACGUGGAAGGAGUCGGACCUUGCAAGAGUUUGAAUCACCAGUGAAAGUGCAACGUGACUGGCAGUUUAAGCGUGGGCUUGAUGGAAGUGUUGGUGAAUAUAGAAUCUACCUAAGGCAGAAAGUAGAUAACCUUGUUGGAGAUAAAUUACAUGAUGUAAAGGUGACUUGGGUUGAUGGUCUCUGCUCGCCGACAAGUGCUGACGAAUGGAAUUUUGAUCCAGAUUAUCGUGAAGAGGAGGAGAUUGAUGAUCUUGUUGACUUGCCUGUUUUAAAUGAAAAUAUUCUAUUAGAAAAUCUACAAAAACGAUUUAAGCGUGGAAGAAUAUACACAUAUGUUGGAGGAAUUUUACUCGCCAUCAACCCAUUCAAGUACUUUCCAAUAUACAACCCAAAGUAUGUUCUGUCUUACCAGCAUAGAAAUCUUGGUGAACUGCCCCCACAUAUAUUUGCUAUUGCAGAUAUAGCCUAUCAUCGAAUGCUUAAAGACAGGAAAAAUCAAUGUAUUGUCAUAAGUGGCGAAUCUGGUUCAGGGAAAACGGAGAGCACAAAGCUGGUACUGCACCACCUUACUGCUCUUAGUCACAAAACUCAAGCUACGGUUCUGGAAAGGACCAUUCUUGCUGCAGGGCCUGUUUUAGAGGCCUUUGGUAAUGCAAAAACAUGUCAUAACAAUAAUUCUAGUCGGUUUGGGAAAUUCACAGAAAUAACGUACCGAGCCGACGGCGUUGUUUGUGGUGCUGUUCUGCGGAAAUAUUUGCUGGAAAAAUCCCGUAUCGUUGCUCAAGCCGAUAGUGAGAGGAAUUAUCACGUGUUCUACUAUCUUCUUGUUGGAGCGAAUGCAAGUGAGAGACAGGCACUGCAUCUGCAAAAGCCGGAGGACUACGCUUAUCUCAACAAGAGCCAGUGUUACACUAUUGAUCGAGUGGAUGAAUCCUACGAUUUUUUGAGACUCCAAGAUUCAAUGAGAAGCAUCGGAUUCAGUGGUGAAGUCCAGCAAAGGCUAUUUACAGUGCUUUCAGCCGUCUUGCAGAUUGGCAAUGUUGAGUUCAUCCCGAAAGAGAGAUCUGAAGAUGCUGUAACAAUUAAUGAUAACGGUGCGGUUGAUAUCAUAUCCAGUCUUCUUAAGGUUGAUAAACAAAUACUCGUUGACGUGUUUACUGUUCGCAGAACUGUGACCAGAGGAGAGGUUCUUAUACGACCGUAUAAGGAGGCGGAGGCCAUUGCAACAAGAGACGGAAUGGCAAAAGCUUUGUAUGGCUCUGUUUUCGACUGGAUCGUCUUACAGAUCAAUCAGACAUUGAAAUCAAGGCACAACCCAAGAAUGUCAGAUGUCAAGGCAUAUUCCAUUGGGGUACUUGACAUCUUCGGCUUCGAAGAUUUCGAGAUGAACAGUUUUGAACAGUUCUGCAUCAACUUCGCCAACGAGAAUCUACAAUUUUACCUUAAUCAACACAUUUUUAAAAUUAGGCAGGACGAGUAUUUGUCAGAAGGCCUGUUGUGGGACACUGUCGCUUUUGUAGACAACGAAUCUUGCCUUGAACUGAUUAAUGGAAAACCUGUUGGCCUAAUCAACCUCCUUGACGAGGAAUGCAGUUUAAGCAUGGGUACUGACGAGAGUCUGCUAGCUAAAUUCAACAAGCACCACUCCUCUAAUAGUCAUUAUGAGAAACCGCCUACAAAAGAGCCGGCUUUCAGAAUUGUGCAUUAUGCUGGUGUCGUCAAGUAUAAAAUAAAGGAUUUCAAAGCUAAGAAUCAAGAUUUAAUGAGAAAUGACAUCGUGAUGUCGUUGAAGAACAGCAAAAUGCUUUUCGUACGAAAGCUGCUCGGCUCCGACCCAAUGGCCGUCUACCGUUGGUUGAUUUUACGUCACGUGAUCUGCGCUCUUGCAUUAUUUCGAAAGGCAGGAGAGGCAAGGAGAAACGGAGGACAUUUUUUACGCCAAAAUAAAAACACAAGCUGGGCUGUUUCAAAGUCUCCCACGGAACGCAAGAGAAUAAGGAUUCCUUUGGAUAAAGAAACAUCGAAACAGCAGAGGGAAGUUUAUCGAAAGGCGACAAAAGUUUUGAAUAGGGCUGAAGCUGCAAAAUUAAGACGUGAACACCAGCGAAAGAAAUAUCACCAGAUCAGAAACGGCAUGGAGAGGCUGAGCACAUAUGAUGUAUUAGAAACAUACGCCACUUCCACCAGAACCCGUUCUAUGAAGUGCCCAACAGUAAUUGGCCAGUUUCAGAACUCUUUAUCUGAACUAAUGGAAACAUUGAAUAAAUCACAUCCAUUUUUCGUUCGAUGUCUGCGUUCAAAUCGAGAUAAGGCUCCGAUGGAAUUUAACGAGGAAGUCGUCUUACGUCAAUUGAGGUACACGGGGAUGCUUGAAACUGUGAAGAUCAGGCAGGCCGGAUAUCCAUGUCGAUUUCCUAUAAACGAUUUUGUAAAGCAGUAUCGAAACCUCCUUCCAAAAGGGGAUCUUACUUCAAACGAUGAAGUGCCCCUUUGCCUCCAAAGUCUUGGUUUGGACCCAAAUCACUACCAAGUGGGCAAAAACAAGGUUUUUAUGAGGGAGAGCCAGUACAAAAUUCUCCGUGAAAAGCUACAAAGCAAACUGGACCAUGCUGCAAGAACUAUUCAACGAUGGGUUCGGGCAAAACUGGAUAGAAAGAGAUUUUUACAGAUUAAGAAAGCAGCCAUUACAAUUCAGGCCAAGUGGCGUUCCUAUGUUGUCAGCAAAAAGCUACUGGCCCUGCAAAGAAGGCUAGCUGUCAAACGCAUCGAAGAAGCAUGGCUGGCGUACUUGGGAACGAGAAAGAUGCGAAGCAUCAAAACAAUUCAGGCAAACUGGAGGGGAUAUCUGGCACGAAAGAAGUUCAAAAGUUUGGAGAAAGAGAUAAGCAGGUCCAAGGAGGAGACAAGUCAGAGUGACACAUCCUUCGAUUCAACAUGGCAUUCAAGUAAGGCCUCUUGUUUACACUGCACAUGCCCUCUCCUGACGCGGAGGAGAAAGAAAUUCAAAGUCAUCGUUGAUGUCGUUCGGCAUAGCUCUUUUAGCUCGAAAUACGUCAAGCGAAACAGCUCGUUUCGAAGCGAUUCGUUUCGAGUCAGUAAUGACAAAUCAAAGCUUUGUCCUAAAACUGUCGAUAUAAUGCGAAGCAGCUCGUUACGAAGUCAGGCCGAAAUAAAUCGGAGAAGGCGAAUGGAUAUCGUAAAGAAUGACUCCUUUCGACUCUGGAAUGAAGUCGCUAAAAAGAGAAAAAUCUUCAAGAAGAAAAAGGCGGAAGAAAAAGCUCAAGAGAAGAAGGAAGAAGAGCUGGCAAAGGUUAGCAAAGAGGAACGAGAAGAAACCAAAAACAGGGCCGGUAGCCUGCCGUCAAUCGAAACGAGAAACGAUAUCCGGAAUUUAGAAAUACCUGAACCGGUUGCAUUGAAAAAUAAAGCUUUGUCUACAGGAAAUUUGGGCUUUGCUCGAGACUCUCAUCUAUAUGAAAGUUUAAUGGAUGUACAAGAAAAGUUAAACGUUAUCACUGGUGAUGGGUUUGUCUCUCCAUCACCAAGAUCAAGUGGAAUUUACGACGAAAUUGAUGAACUACCAACGAAGGAAAGAACAAUGUCCACUGAAUCAACUGGCUCAAACUCUUCCUUAGGAAAAAAACGUUCACGUGAUCGUGCCAACAAAGAAGCUGUGAAGUCAAAUGUGGAGCGUAGACGGUCAUUUUUCCGGGAGAAGCAGACAAUUACAGCUAAGUCUUCGUUAGGCCCAGUGACAUCUGUUGGUUUUGCCAUUGUGCCACCCCGUGAUUCGGUAUCAGAGAGGCCGGACUAUAAAGAUUCACUACCUGUAAACGAGAAUAAAAGCUCUUUGCUGAAAAUGGUACGAAAUCUGACCAACAGAAACAAGACUAUUAAGCGGGGCACACAACCGAAGCCAAGAACACAAAGUCCCAUGUCCUCCGGUGGCAAAGAAUGGAAACCAACCAAAGAGUUUGUGGUCGAUGGUGAUGCUGAUUUGAAAGCAUUCAACGAUUUUCUCUUCAAAAGGAUAGCCGAUAUGGAUCCUAUGCACAAGGGAGAUGACACCGUAGCUGUUGUCAUGUUCAAAAAGGCUUUAAGCCAGUUCCACUCCAAUCUUCUUAAAACCUAUGCAGUCGUUAAAAAUAGAGAUCAAACCAUUCACCUUCGGUACGAGGAAAUGUCAGCCUCGUUUGCAAAUGUCCUUGAGCUUGAAGCCGAGAAAUCGAAAGAGAAACUGCCAAAGGACCUUGGCAUGAACCUAUUUGGGAGCAUUGUGGAUGAUUUUGUGAAGCACAAUUCCAGUGCAAAUUCAAGUAAAAAAGACAAGACUUGGCGUCGAACUGGAGGAGGAAAGAAGCACGCAAAGCAUCAUCAUGAAGAGUUUACAAUCCUCAACGGCCACAAAUACUAUUUGGCAAGCUUCAGCAUCGUUACGUUCUGUGAAUACUGCAACUCUUAUAUUUGGGACAGAGGACUUGUGUGUCAAGGUUGCAAGUUCACUUGCCACAAAAAGUGCUCGAGCAGGUACAACACUCCUUGUCGUGGUAAAUCACCAGAUAAUGGUGUCCCAAAAUCGAUUUUUGGUGCCAAACUGUCAGAAAUUUCCGGGGAUGAAAACCCAAUUCCAAAAGCUGUAGAAGAUUUGAUGCAAGAAAUUGAGAAAAACGGUUUAUAUACUGAAGGAAUUUACCGAAAACCUGGCCUCCAAACACAUGUCAAGUCACUAAAGAACGCUAUCUCCCCUCCAGAUUACUCGACCGUUAAUUUUGAUCAAUACCGGGUUCAUGUGAUUGCAUCUGUUCUGAAGCUUUUCUUCCGUCAGCUGGCUGAACCGCUCGUACCCAGUGAAUUCUAUGAUGACUUCAUAAGAGCAACAGAACUUCCAAGUGAAACAGAAAUCCAGACACGCCUUUGUGACGUCAUCUUCAGGUUUCCAAAGCCGAACCAGGACCUCAUAACAAGGCUCAUUUUCCAUCUCGCACAAGUUGCAAUGCUAGAAGAAUCGAACAAAAUGUCACCAAAUGGACUAUCCAUCAUCUGGGCCCCCUGUAUCAUGCGAUCAAGCGAAAACGUGGAUCCUAUGGAUGCCCUGCGACAACUUCCGCUACAAACUAGAUGCUUGGAAAUUCUAAUCUCAAGAAAAGUAGCAAAUAUCCGUCGCACGUUGGCCGAUAUUGAAGCUCUGGAGCAUGGAAAGCUGACAUCAGAAUCCGCUUUGAGCAGCUUUCAAGAGACCAACAAUGACUCUGGAGAAAAUCGUAGAGAAAUUUUGAAAGAGCAGAUUGAAAAGAUGGACAAGGAGAGAGAGCGACUGACAGAAAACCUUCCCAACUUGGAGCGAAUAGAUUCACGUGGAGAUCUGAGGAUCGAUUCGGAUGACGGCAUAACGUCUGAUGAUGGAUUGACAGAUAAUGAUGACCCAAUGUCAAUCUCUUUCGAAGUAUCAGUCACGACAACUCCACUGCAGAACCCUCCGCCUGGAAAGCGACGAAAAAGCCCUGCAAUGAGAAAAAGAGCAAACGAACUAGCGCCCAGAAAUGAUACUCUAUCGCCUGAUUCCUCUUUCGAAGAUUUGUCAGGAGAACUUGGUGAUAUACCAUUGUAACAUUUUAAACAACAUCAUUAGUAUAAAGUGUUAAUUAUUCGUCUUGUUCUGUGAUUUCACUACUUAUCUAUAGAGGUAGAAUGGUAGUGGGUCGACGGAGCAAAUAUAGUGAUGCUGGACUGAAUUUGAUGCAGUGUAUUGGUUAGAAUUUUCAAAGUAUUUUCGUACUUAGAAAGGGUUAUAUUUGGCAUAACUCUUGACCUAUAUCGUAGGAAAAUCUGAAAAUUGAGCCAAACUUUUUUAAAUUUCAAAAUGAUUAAUUUUGCAAAUUUCUAGUCAAGAAUUAUGUCGAAUCUCAUGAAUGUUGUAAGAGUAAGACUCUGAAAUGGUUUCGUCCGCAAAUCGAUAAUUAAGAUACGAGCAAUAAUAAUUUUUAGAAAAACAAAACAGCACAUAAAUCAACAUUUCGGCCUAUACAAGAGAGUUUUGCCUAAAAUUGCUGCAUACACAAUCCCUUGUUUUAGCAUCGUAGGUCCCUUUUUUGUAGUUACAUGCGCCAUAUCACUUGUUGUCUAGGCAAUGGCCUCAGUUUCAUCCUAUGCACAUCGUUGUGAUUUUAUACUGUGAUUUACUCUUACCGUGGGUGCUAACGCCGCGUAUUUUAACACAAAAUAGGACUUAGAAAUGGCAUUCGAUUAGAUUUAAUAAAAAUAUGCACAGGAGAAAAUUUUAAAGUAAGCAAUAAUUAAUUUAUCAGCCUUGAUAAGGGGGUUUUGUUGACUUUUUGUAUCCACUAUUCAACAACCUUAUUUCCUAACACAUCUCCCUCUCCAUUCUUUACACGAAUUAAAACUGCUACUAGCUUAUGCUUCAAUUUUCGAUACGUGUCAUAAAACUACAUAUUUAUAUUCUAUAUGCCUUUGUGGCCAAGGAAAAUUCCUUACUGUUUUCGUAAUGUCAAAGGCAAUUUUCUUCAUGCCAAGUGGAGGGCUCUCCCUGUAUAAGAGGUGAAAAACGUGAUUGGAGCUUGCGAAAAGUUGCAGUAGGCUGGAUAAGGGUAUAUACCCGGGGUUUCGUAAAAUACCUUAAAUUGGUUGCUAAAGAAGCAUAGAACUUGUGUUCGUAAUAUGAGUAUUCCUUACGAAAACUUUUUGAUUAUUUAUUUAUCUAGGAACUCUAGUAGAAACAUUAGUUCUCCCUCCAAAUCGGUCAUAAUUUUAUAGCGUUGGGAUGAUAUUUUUAGAUUAGAGAUUGUAUUGAAAAUAUGUAUCCCGUAAUGAGCUUCUUAGAACUGGGUUGAAAUCAGCUAGCAAAUCAUGUCAUUUAUUUUGUUACUGAAUUGUUGUUUAAUCGUCAGACGGUGUAAAAAGUUUUUGUCAAUGUAAAUAAUGGUAAUAACCAUAUAAUUAGAUUUAAUGUUCUCUUAAAUUUACGUUUAAUUUUAAAGGUUCUUUGUUAAUGAAGUGGUUUAGUA